AUGGCAGCCGACAAUCUGGGCCCACCGAAAGACAUCACCGUCUACAUCUUUGACGCAUGCGAGCCACCCGGUGAGGGCGGGAAGUUUCGUCACAUAACAAGCCACGAGCAGAAGCAGGGGAAUCUCGAGGCGCUGUUCAAGGACUACAUCGACUGCAAAGCGAUUAACCUCGUCAGAUUCCCGAGAGGUACCAGGGCUGGAGAACUGCGAAAAUACGUAAAGGCACAGAUGAAGGACAAGGGUUCGAAUGAUCUCGUGUUGAUCUACUUCCACGGUAAAGGAGCUUGGGCCCUCGACGGAGCAACCUACCACUGGUACGUUUUGUACGUGGAGAACCUCGUCCGAGACUGUCGCUGAUCGUUUUGUGCAGGGAGUUCCGAUCCAGUUACCCGAAGAAUGGGACGAACAUUGAUGGGUUCGGCGUCAUCCAGGAAUCCAUCGACUCGGGCGUGGACACGAUCUACUGGAUUGACGCCGACUUCCCGAACCGCUUCAAGAAGACGCUGAAGGCGAGCAAGCACGCCGAGAACCCCGGAAACGUCCAGAUCAUCGCUCGUGGUGGUGUCCGGCAUACUUCGACCGGUGAUGUGAUUGAAGGUGGUGCGGGAGACUCCACCUGGGAGAUCUGUGUCAAUCUGGGCAAACUUGUGGAUGAAAUCAAUACGCCUACCGUCGGAAAGGUGAGGGGCUACGACGACUACAAGGAGCCUCUGUCGCUGGUAGAGCUGCUUGGGCGUCGAGAUACCACGGUUUUCAAGCCAAUGCAGAAAUGGAUCCGGCCGAGCAGGGGAGACAAGAAGCCAGUUCUUCUCUUUCUGAUGGUGCCAGACGACAUCAGGAAGACGGGCAAAAUCAGACUCUUCCCAAAGUACGGCCGGGACGACUCAGAAGACGGACAGGAAGACGUCCAGGAACAUGGCCUGUUCGUUGGAGGAGGUGAGCCGGUAGAGGAGGGAGGCCAUGGUCCACCGGCACCACCUACUCCUGCACCAAGCAACUGCAGCGAAUGCGACUUUUGA